GGUCUGGUGUUAGACCAUACAAUUAGGCAGUGGGAAGCUCCUCUUCCCUUAGCCUUCCUUAAAGCUGGCUGGUCACCUGACUUUUCCCUAUGCCCAGACCUUAUUUCUGUGCCUUGGUUAUUGGGGGUAGGUGGGCAUCAGUGUAGGAAUGGGAUAACAUCCCCCUAUAUAAUAUCCCCUUCCCCCCUACACAAGCCCUUUCCUCCUUGACCUGCCUAUUGGAUGUAGAGUAAAAGAAGUGGCUGCCUGACAAGGGUUUAUGAUUCUCAGAGAAGAACCUAACUCCAUCUUUCCCGAGGCUAUCAGUGUCUUGAAUACUCUACAAGCCCCCCUGCUAUGUUGGGGGUAGAGGCAAAGUUUCCGCUCAUGGUUAUGUAGCUUGUACAUUGCACAACUGCUAGAGGCACCAUUCACCUCACAGUCACUGUAUGUAUAGUUACUAUGACUUUUCUUGCAAAUGGCAAUCAGGUGGCUUGAGGAAGGGCUGCUUUUUUCUAAUGUACACAGUUACUGUGAAUGUUAGCCAUAGAGCUGAGUGAGGAGUGAGUAUGGAAUACCAAAAAAAAAAAAAAGUGUAGUGCCACAAAUACUUGCUGAGCACUCUACUAUAGGCCAGGUGCUCAGCUGAGAUUGUGUUUAAGUUUGUGCUUAAGAACUGCUGUGUGUAGUAAGGGUGACAUUUUAAUACCAUACCAACAGUGGAUGGCAGUUAAUCACUGGUUCUCAAGGAAACAUAGAGGUCCAGCGUCAGAACAUUAGGGAAGGCUUCUUAGAGAAAGAUUUUUUUUUUUUUUUGCAGUACGCGGGCCUCUCACUGUUGUGGCCUCUCCCGUUGCGGAGCGCAGGCUCAGUGGCCAUGGCUCGUGGGCCCAGCCGCUCCGCGGCAUGUGGGAUCUUCCCGGACCGGGGCACGAACCCGCGUCCCCUGUAUCGGCAGGUGGACUCCCAACCACUGCGCCACCAGGGAAGCCCAAGAGAAAGAUUUCUAAAUGAUAGUAGAUUAAUGGGUGAAGUGUUGCAGGCUCAGAGCCUCUGAGAUGAGACCCGAAUGGCUCCAGCGGGGGCAGAGAAGGAGAAAGAUAAAGAGGUGACUAGAUGGAGGGUAAAGGGAAGAGAUCAUCAGACUGUUAGAGACUAUGACUUUAAGUACCCACUGCCCUCCAGCAGUUUCCAAUCCACAAGUUGGGUGUUUGGCAAGGAUAAGAGGGGACAAAAGUUUGAAGUCCUCAACCUGACUAUAGGUAUGAAGCUCUGUUCCUGAUUCUGGGGAAGCUCCCAGCAGAAGGCUGCAAAGCUACCUGGGAAAAUGGUCCCCUGGUAUCCAGCCCUUCCAGUCUUGGUUACUGCUAAGGAGGAGAGAUGGAAGUGGGGGAGGACCACAGAAGGGAGGCUCUGGUUGUGUGCCCAAAGGGCUUGGCUGGCCUUGGGCAGAAAUUGGAUCCCAUAGCUCCUAGAUGAUAGCGGGGGGACAUGGCCUGCCAUGUAGGCUUGGGGAGAGCAAAGAUCCAAUUCGAGUAUCAGGGUGGUUUGGUGCCACACAUGGGCUUAGAGGUAGAGGGAUGCUUAUCCAGGCAGCCAAGGACUGUACAGCUGUUAGAAUUUCCUAGGCAGGUGCCUGCCUGGUUUCCAGGGUGGAAACGAAGUGGACCAGCGGUGGCCGACUAGAGCCCCCGCCCCGGUGGUAGGGGGCGGGACGGUCCUGGGAGAAGGGCGGGGGGCGGGGCCAGGGGCCACUUAAGGCGGAGCCCCGGCGUUCUGGCAGAGCCGGAGCCUGACGGCAGAGCCCGGCGGGAUUGGCACUUACCCACGACCCCCCUUCCCUGCUAUGAUGGCCGGUCAGUAGCAGGUUCCAGACCCCCCGGGGGUAUGUAGGCAGAGCUAGCGGCAGCCAGGUGUGCUGAGCCACAAGAGCUCUAGGGCACUCUGGGGGCAGCUCUGCCUGCUGCGCUCUCUGGUGCAGGGGGAGAUGCCCAACUGACGAGCGAGCUGGUGAGGACAAGAACGUUCCCUUUUGGCCCGAGUCCGCUGCAUCCAUGGCGCUGCCGGCCAGUCUGGUGCCCCUGUGCUGCUUGGCACUUCUGGCGCUGCCGGCCCAGAGCUGCGGGCCGGGCCGGGGGCCGGUUGGCCGGCGCCGCUACGUGCGCAAGCAGCUCGUGCCGCUGCUCUACAAGCAAUUUGUGCCCAGCGUGCCCGAGCGGACCCUGGGCGCCAGUGGGCCGGCCGAGGGGAGGGUGACAAGAGGCUCUGAGCGCUUCCGGGACCUGGUGCCUAACUACAACCCCGACAUCAUCUUCAAGGAUGAGGAGAACAGUGGUGCAGACCGCUUGAUGACCGAGCGUUGUAAAGAGCGGGUGAACGCGCUGGCUAUUGCGGUGAUGAACAUGUGGCCCGGAGUGCGCCUACGGGUGACCGAGGGCUGGGACGAGGACGGCCACCACGCUCAGGACUCACUUCACUACGAAGGACGUGCCCUGGAUAUCACCACGUCCGACCGCGACCGCAAUAAGUAUGGGUUGCUGGCGCGCCUGGCAGUGGAAGCCGGCUUCGACUGGGUCUAUUACGAGUCCCGCAACCACGUCCACGUGUCUGUCAAAGCCGAUAACUCACUGGCGGUCAGGGCAGGCGGCUGCUUUCCGGGAAAUGCCACCGUGCGCCUGCGGAGCGGCGAGCGGAAGGGGCUGCGGGAACUGCACCGCGGUGACUGGGUGCUGGCGGCAGACGCGGCAGGCCGGGUGGUGCCCACACCCGUGCUGCUCUUCCUGGACCGGGACUUGCAGCGCCGGGCCUCAUUCGUGGCUGUGGAGACCGAGCGGCCCCCGCGCAAGCUGUUGCUCACUCCCUGGCACCUGGUGUUCGCCGCUCGAGGGCCUGCGCCCGAGCCAAGCGACUUUGCACCGGUGUUCGCGCGCCGGCUGCGCGCGGGGGACUCGGUGCUGGCGCCAGGCGGGGACGCCCUUCGGCCUGCGCGCGUGGCCCGAGUGGCGCGGGAGGAAGCCGUUGGCGUGUUCGCACCGCUCACAGCGCACGGGACGCUGCUGGUCAACGAUGUCCUGGCCUCGUGCUACGCGGUUCUGGAGAGUCACCAGUGGGCGCACCGCGCCUUUGCUCCUCUGCGCCUGCUGCACGCGCUGGGGGCGCUGCUUCCGGGCGGGGCCGUCCAGCCAACUGGCAUGCAUUGGUACUCUCGGUUCCUCUAUCGCUUGGCGGAGGAGCUGCUGGACUGAGCGCUCCAGGCAUAGAAACCUCGUGGCAUCCGCCUAAACGGGAGUGUGCGGGCUGAGAUCUGGAGAUGUGGGCAGCAGACGAUGCUGAUUGGGAGGGAGGGAGGGAUAGGGAGAAAAUGGACGCGAUGGUUUAGGGGCAACCUCUAACUGAGAGGUUGGGUCCUAAGUAGAUGGGGUUGAUGAUGGGUACUCGUCGACGAGGACUAUUUCUCCUCUUCUUCCCCAGUGCCUCAGCCCCACCCGAUUAUUUUAUUUUAUUUUCUAUUUAUAAAUUGUAAUAUAAUAAUCUGCUUGCCCCGCCUGGCAAGAUGAGGGGCUGGGGCACAGCGUUAACAGUUAUCUUACAUGGGAGCCAAUCUGACAUCUGACAUUUUCCUACAAGUGGGCUAAUAAAGGGAAGGCUUCCAGGAGCUUAUUGG